AUGGCGUUAGAUUUUGUUGCUGGAUGUUUUGGAGGAUGUGCUGGAAUUUUGGUGGGACAUCCUUUGGACACAAUUAAAAUUCGUAUACAAACCCAAGAUUAUAAAAAUCCACAAUACAGAGGAACGAUACAUUGUUUUAAAAAAGUCAUAGAAAAAGAAUCUCUCUCGGGAUUAUACAAAGGUAUUUCCUCACCAUUGGCUGGAGUUGCCGUUAUAAACGCGAUUGUUUUUGGAGUUUAUGGAACCGUACAAAAAAAUUUAACCGAACCGGAAUCGUUAAAAUCAUGUUUUGCAUCUGGUGCCGUGGCCGGUCUCGUACAAAGUUUCAUUUGCAGUCCAAUGGAACUUGUUAAAAGUCGUACACAAAUACAAGAAUCUAAAAUAAUUACCGGUCCUUUUCAAACGUUUCGCGACAUUUAUCGUAAACAAGGUUUAAAAGGUAUAUUCAAAGGUUUAAAUAUAACAUUUUUAAGAGAAGGUUUAGGUUUUGGAAUUUAUUUUUCAACGUACGAAUGGUUGACGAGAAAUAACGAUUCAAAACCUAUAAGUACCUUACAUUUAUUGGGUGCUGGUGGUACGGCAGGUGCUGCUUCAUGGAUGUUCACUUAUCCUCUCGACGUUAUUAAAUCAAGGAUUCAAAUCGAUGGAAUGUCAGGUAACAAACAAUAUCAAAACAGUUUUGACUGUUUAAUUAAAAGCGUGAGAACGGAAGGACUUCGUUUUCUCUUCAGGGGUUUAAGUCCAACAUUGAUAAGAGCUUUUCCAUCGAAUGCUGCCACGUGGGCUGUCGUUUCCUGGAUAAUGGAAUUAUUUAAAACAAAUCAAGUACCAGAAAAAAAUGCCGAAUUUAUGGAAAAUAAUUUUUGGGAUGGAAUACCAUCGAAAUCCAUAUAUUCGUAUAAUUUUUGUUUUAUGUAUAAUUCAUACGUAAAAUAUUUAACGGACAAUACGUUUAGAGAAUUCGAUUGA